AUGGCUGAGCCCAACCCUCCGGCUGCACCAGCUGCGCCCGCGGCAGCAGCACCACCGAAACCACCGGCGAAACCACCCGUACAAAACCCAGCCCUCCGAAUGAUGGGCCUGCCCGCGCUUCCACGAAAGCUGCCUUCCCGCAAUUGGAUGAUCUUUUGGACCCUCUCCACCACGCUGGCUGCCACCAUAAUCUACGACCGCCGCGAGAAGAAGCGCGCGACCGCCCGAUGGGCCCACGCUGUCGAGCACCUCGCCAAGCGGCCUCUGGCCAACCCGAGCCAGAUGCCACGCAAGGUGACAGUAUACCUCGAAGCUCCUCCAGGAGACGGCCUGCGCGUCGCCCAGGACCACUACAGCGAGUACAUCAAGCCCGUGCUGGCGGCCAGCGGGCUGGACUGGGACUUUGUGCAGGGCCGGCAGCAGGGCGACAUCCGCGCCGCGGUGGCGGAGAGGGUGCGCCGGAAGCGGAGGACCCAAGAGAAGGACGUAGCCGCCAAGGAUGAUGCCGCCGCCGCCUCCGGUGAGCUUGCCACCGAGGAGGACCGGAUCGAUGCCUGGCGCCAGGCGCACGGCGUGCCGCUCUACGACGGCGUACGCGGCGAUAUCGUGGUCGGCCGGCACACGUGGAAGGAGUACACCCGCGGCCUGCACGAGGGCUGGCUCGGCCCGCUGACGGCACCGCCGCACGCGCAGCCCGACCCAGAGCCGGAGACGGAUGAGCCAGACACGGAAAAGGCCAAGCGGCCGCCGCAAAUAAAACCUUACAACUCCCCCGACGACUACGCGACAGCCCACCUGCCCCUUCUGAUACCUUCCGAGUUCGCGCCCUCGGCCCCAAUCUCAUUCCCGCACAUCCUCGGCUUCCUGAACACGCCGAAGCGCUUUGUGCGCUUCCUGACGCGGCGUAAGCUUGCGGACGAGGUCGGACGCGAUGUCGCCGCGGUGUGCCUGGCCGCAUGCCGCGAGUAUCGCGAGGAGGCUGGCGGGGAUGACAGCCCAGACUGUCGAUGGGAGCAGCAAAGGGUCCUAGCGCACGAAGAGAAGGACUGGGUCAAGUCCGUGUGGAAGGCGGACAAGGAGGAGAAGACCACUGCCAAAAAGGACGACGACGCCAGCCCGCUCGCGUCAGGAAGUGAGCUUGUUGAUGGGUCCAAGCCCGCAGCUGCCGCCAAAGAGAAGAUCUGGCCCAGGCCCAUGGUCAUCGACCAGCGGAUCGGUAUGCGGAUGAGGAGAUUCGAGCUGCUGCCCGAGGAUGAGGAGCACGCGAGGGGUAUCGUUGUCCCUGAGGAAGAGGUCGAGGGAUGGACAAAGAGCAAUUUGAGAUCCCUCUGGAGGUGGACUGUGAGCAACUUUCAGAAGGAGGAGCGAAAGGUUCCCACGAGCUUUGAUGAUGAGUAA